AUGGCUUUCGCAAUUAAUGAUGAAAUACGAGAAAACAAUGUUGGAGCAUCUGACGAAGGUGUCUCUGUCGGUGAUAGAGAUAUCUCGACUUAUGCCAUGAUGCACAAACAAGGCUUCGAUGGGAUGAAGGACUUCAUGGAGUCUCAUGGCCUCAGGAUUUGGAAUGAUGAAUAUGCACAGACAGCACACGAAAUUAUUGAAAAGAUGAGAGAGUUUGACGAGAAGUAUUACCAUCUUUCAAAAUCCGCUCAAGAAUCUGACAGCGACGACGUUCGUGGAGAAAUUAUCGAAGACGAGUUGAGGGGUCAAAACUGGGUAGAAAAUACUACAAGAUUUAAUGAUCUGCAAGAUGAGGAACUCUUUAAUGGGGUAGAUUAUGCACCAGAGGGAUUGGAGAGCGGUGGAAUUGGUGGUAGUGAUGGGUGCUCUGAGAAUAUAAAGGAAGGUUUCAAUACCCUUGGUUUUGGAGGUGAGGGGGGUUACAGUAAUAAUGCCUUCGACGAGGGAGGAUACAUAAGAUAUGAUCAUGAUGGUGGUGAUAAUCGAUAUGAUUAUGGUGGAAAUGAUUAUGAUGGAUAUGAUUGUGACGAUGGAUAUGAUUAUGAUGUAGAAUUCAACAGUAACGUAAAAUCAUCAUCUUAUCCUCGCAUGAUGGAGAAAUUGAUUUUUGUAUGCCGUCGUUCGGGUAUUAGAAGCCGUCUUCCGAUUAUGACAGGUUUCAAACAAAAGACUUCACGAACAAGCAUUACUUUGGCAUCUUUAUACGUCGAAGAGUUCUCAAAGAGCCGUAAGAUCAAAGUUGCUAUAAACUUUUGA